CCCGGGCUCGCCAUGCUCCUGGCCUCGGCAGUGGUGGUCUGGGAAUGGCUGAACGAGCACGGCCGCUGGCGUCCCUACAGCCCGGCGGUGAGCCACCACAUCGAGGCUGUGGUCCGUGCCGGUCCCCGCGCCGGGGGCAGCGUGGUGCUGGGCCAGGUGGACAGCCGUCUAGCGCCCUACAUCAUCGAUCUGCAGUCCAUGAACCAGUUCCGCCAAGACACGGGGACCCUCCGCCCAGUUCGCCGCAACUACUACGACCCGUCCUCGGCCCCCGGGAAGGGCGUGGUGUGGGAGUGGGAGAAUGACAACGGUUCGUGGACGCCCUACGACAUGGAGGUGGGCAUCACCAUCCAGCAGGCCUAUGAGAAGCAGCACCCCUGGAUCGACCUCACGUCCAUCGGCUUCAGCUACGUCAUCGACUUCAGCACCAUGGGCCAGAUCAACCGGCAGACCCAGCGCCAGCGCCGAGUGCGCCGCCGGCUCGACCUCAUCUACCCCAUGGUCACUGGCACGCUGCCGAAGACUCAGUCCUGGCCAGCCAGCCCCGGGUCGGCCGCCUCGCCCCCGGCACCACCCUGCUCCUGUCCACAGUGCGUCCUGGUGAUGAGCGUCAAGGCCGCCGUGGUCAAUGGGAGCGCCGGGCCCCUGCAGCCCCCCGCGACCCGCAAGAACGUGCCCCCCUCCGGAGUGGUCAAGCUGCCCCCGCCUCCAGGCCCUGGGGCCAAGCCCCUGGACGGCACCGGCACCAUCCGAGGCCCGGUGAAGACCGCCCCGUCGCAGACGAUCCGGCGACAAGCCUCCAGCACGCCCGCGGGGGCAACUGCAGGCUCUCCCGCCAGCCCCCCAGGAGCCAGCAGCAAGACCGGGCGGGUGGCCCUGGCCACCUUGAAUCGAACCAACCUACAGCGACUCGCCAUUGCCCAGUCUCGGGUGCUGAUCGCCUCGGGGGUCCCCACUGUCCCGGUGAAAAACUUGAAUGGAUCCAGUCCCGUCAACCCUGCCCUGGCAGGAAUCACUGGGAUCCUCAUGAGUGCAGCUGGAUUGCCUGUGUGUCUCACCAGACCACCAAAGCUGGUCCUGCACCCACCUCCCGUCAGCAAGAGCGAGAUAAAGUCCAUUCCUGGAGUUUCCAACACAAGCCGCAAGACCACCAAAAAACAAGCCAGGAAAGGUAAAACACCAGAGGAAGUGCUGAAGAAGUAUCUGCAGAAGGUCCGGCACCCACCCGAGGAGGACUGCACCAUCUGCAUGGAGCGUCUCACAGCUCCCUCGGGCUACAAGGGCCCACAGCCCACGGUCAAGCCUGACCUGGUAGGAAAGCUGUCCAGGUGCGGCCACAUCUACCACAUCUACUGCCUGGUCGCCAUGUACAACAACGGGAACAAGGAUGGGAGUUUGCAGUGUCCGACCUGUAAGACCAUUUAUGGGGUGAAGACAGGCACCCAGCCUCCAGGGAAGAUGGAGUACCAUCUCAUCCCCCACUCCUUGCCCGGCCACCCGGACUGCAAAACCAUCCGGAUUAUCUACAGCAUCCCCCCUGGCAUUCAGGGGCCAGAACACCCGAAUCCUGGCAAGAGUUUCAGCGCCCGUGGUUUCCCACGACACUGUUACCUUCCAGACAGCGAGAAAGGGAGAAAAGUUCUGAAGUUGCUUCUGGUGGCCUGGGAUCGCCGCCUCAUCUUUGCCAUCGGUACCUCCAGCACCACGGGCGAGUCGGACACCGUCAUCUGGAAUGAGGUUCACCACAAGACAGAGUUUGGCUCUAAUCUCACCGGCCACGGCUACCCAGAUGCCAACUACCUGGAUAAUGUGCUGGCGGAACUGGCUGCCCAGGGCAUCUCUGAGGACAGCACUGCCCAGGAGAAAGACUGAGGCUGGAGGGGCUGUGUUGAGGGGGGAGGGGCUGUGGUGACCACAGGACAGGAAGGGGGAGAGUCAAGGUGGAAUUUGGUAACAUGCCCUCCCUACUCCCUCAUCCCCUGCAUCCUGUCUCCCUCCCCCAUCCCUCCCAGAUUGUGGGGGGGAGCCAUUUUGCAUAAGGUGACAUCAUUCAUAAACCUCAUCCAACACAAAGGGGACACGGGACAACGGCCAUCCUGCGUCUGUUCCUGUGGUGUUUUCGGUGCUGGGUAGGCAAGAACCCCCACCCCCUCUCUACCCCCAAGUAGGGGGCACUGUCCGCACGCUUGGGGUGUGGACCGCGCUCGGCACUCCGCACCUGGCCUUGUGAAGCCGAGGUUCUUCGCCUCAGCUGGCUUCUUGCUGCUUCCACUCUGCUUUGAGUUGGAGUUUCCGCUUUUCUCUCCUCCCCUGGAGGCAGGGAGCUCUAACUGUGCAAGGUGGGGGGAGGGCACCGAGGGGUGGACCCCGAAACUGCUGUGACAUCUGAAACUAGAUGCCUUGGUGUGGAGCGGGGAAGCUUCUUGCCGAUGGGGUCAGAGAGGCAGAAAGAAGCCUCUGGGGCGUGCUCAGCUCUCCUCACGGUCCCCUGGGCUUCUCUGGGCCCUCUCCUCCCCCUCGCACCUGUGACCUGUCCAAAGAGGCAUCUGGUUCUUUCUCAUGGGUGGAUGGACUCUGGGAUUCUUCUCUGGGGUAGCAUCCUGUGAUGCCGUUUCCAGCCCCUCUCUGAUCAAACCAGAGCCUGCAUCCCACUGGACAUCCGCACUGUCCUCAGGGAGAGGAGCCCACAGCCUUCUUCCCAACUCAUCCCAGACCAGCUCAAAGAUUCCACGAUUUCAUGGAUUCACUGUGAGUGGAGCCCAGCCGGGCUCUGUGCCGUCUGUGUAUGAGCAUAUGUGUGCGUGGGUGUGUGUGCACCACGGGCCACAUUGCUGGCAGGUCCGUCCCAUCACGUCCCUGAACUCCGUUUUGCAAGAUGCCAAACCCCGGUUCCGAUGGGGAUGAAACUGCCAGGGUGUGGUCCCUUGACUUUCUUCUUUUGGCCAACCCAUCUCAAGGUGACCUUGGAACCUGACAGAGAGAGAAUUGUGCUUGGGGAGGUGUGUUGAGGUGAGACCUGGAUCCACACCUAUCUCUUUCUGUUCAAGACUGAAUCAGAGCCAGCCUCCUUCCAAUCUUGCUUCUAUGAGGGUUUCAGUCUUCACCCGUGCAAAUUUGCUAGUUAAGCCCAGAGAUGGUGCUGGGCCCCUUAUGCCCCUCAUCUGUCCUAGAUUGAACCUACAACAUGGUGAAAGCCUCUAGUUCAUUCCUAACAGGGUUGGGACCACAUUAUGGUCUGGUCCAAUGUGCAUCUGGGUUGUAUCCCAAGACCCUGUCUGUCUGCCCUCAAUGUCCUCUUGCCUUUGGCUCCAAUAAUGGAUUGAGGAUUGGGGGGAAGCGGGGCUCAAGAAGGGAAACCCAAUUCCCCUUUUAAAAGUGGGUUCUUUGAACUAUGUGUUUGGGGGAAGUUCCUCUGGAUACUAAUUUGAAUUUAUAUACCUCAUGUUUUGGGGGUUUGACGUAUAUAUAUGCAUAUAUAUUUCAUAAGAUUUGAAAAGUUUUUGAUGCUGGAAAACAGGAAAUAAAAGAACCGUCAACAGUGGUACUCAAGUCAGAACUGGAGGCCAAGGUUCCGUGAGAGCAGCUCUGUAGCUGCUUGCUGUUAGCCCUACGGCCAUGUUGACAUAGAGGUGACCUGUGGAUUCACCUGUUCCUAGGAUCUUGCUGGUGCUGAGUCUUUCUUUACUCUCCAUUUGGCUAUAGGGACAAUAAUUGGCUCCACCAGAGGGAACUCUAGCGGAGGA